AUGGCCUAUUCGGCUCUAGCAUUCUGCCCGGGCAUGGAGAAUGAUCCAGGGUCGGUCGCUGAACAACGCGCCAAUGCGGUCGCGAAGCUCAAACGCGCUGCAUCUUUACCACGACUGAAAAAUGGGAGGCGGCCCCAGAUGCACAAUGAAAUUGUCAGCGAAGGCGAGAAAACCCUGCAUGACGACGUCCAGGAUCUAUCGCAGUACACGCUCCCCGAGUGCGUCUCUAAUAUUGACUACAAGCCGAAUGUCCAGCCCGAAGAGAACCCAGACACACCUGAGCCGUCUAACGUAACUCGCAAACGCCGCUCACGUUCACGCUCACGCUCUAGGGGUUCCAAGGAUCUCAGAAAGUCCAAACCUCCCCAGUCUCCUUUGCCAAUGUCUGUUACCCCGAGCAGUGAUUCUUCACCUGACGAUUCACCCCCCUCGCGAGCUGAAUACCUUCCACACUCAAUUCUCGCACCAAUACCCUCCCAUCUCAAUCCGUUACCCACGUCUCCGUUCAUCUUACCUGGUUUCUUAACACCAGAGAGCCCUUUUCUACCUUCUGGUGGUUCUUCUCCUGUCCCAAGAUUUCCCACAUUGGAGGCUUUGGUGUCACAGCAAGGACUUCAACGAUCGAAUAGUGCAGGUGCAGCUCGCAUGCUAACUCUCCAGAGCACAUUACAAAAGCUCACGGGUGGCACGGAAUUAAUGAAUUCGACAUUUCCAUCCCCAGCGGUAUCUCCUCCGCCUUCUGGCACUAAACUCGGUCGGAACAAUACUGUGUCUGGUGGGGAAAGUAGCGAACGUAGUACUGCUCGAAGGCUUAUGAUGGCUCAACUGAACAAGAGGAUGAUAAAAGAGACGGAUAUAGAGGAGGAGGAAGAUCCUCGACCGUUUAAGCCCCUCGAAGCGACGCCAGAAACGACGUUCAAAACGUCAGAAUCAGCCCCCAACAUCCAGCGCACAUCUUCCACCACUCCCAUACCCCCGAUACCAACAUAUCCUCCUAUAACCCCAAGCAUCAACCUCAACGAAGCCAUCAAUUCCAGUUAUCAAUUUCCGCCGCAGUCAACGUAUUAUAGAUUAUCAGGUGCUCCGAGUCGGCCAUCUCCUAGCCUUUCCCCUCGCCUCCCUCAUUCAUCAGAUGUCUCCACUGACUCAGCCCUUCCUGAUGCAACAAAUGUGCCAAUAUUACUGGCUCCCCAUCUUGAGAGUACUCCAUCUCAACAACCCAGAUUCCCUCCUAGUCCCUUCGCGAGCCCUCGCAAGGAGAUAUCGUUAUCAUCCGAGGAGGAGAAAAAAUUCCCAACAGAAGCUUUUCGAUGGUCUCCAUAUAAUGAUAGUCUUAACCGAGAAAUCAGUUGGGUGGCACAGCUAGUGCCGAAAACCCCCAUGCCUGUGCGCGAAGAGACAGAAGAGGAAGAUGAUGACCAACCGCUGCAGGGUGAGCCGUCCCAGCAAAACGCCGAAGAUGAAGAUGACCAUCCGCCUCCGGACUCGCCAAGAGAAGGGUCUAAUACCCAGAUCGAGGAAUCAUCAUCUCGCGCAUCUUCUGACUCAAAGGAACUUGUUGUGGGGUUAGAGACAUCCCCUUUGCCUACGCCCGCACUCACUUCGCCGACACCCUUCUCAUCUGCCAACCUGCCUAACACCGCAUCCAUACUCCGCAACAGUGAUGAAUCGGAUUCCCAACAGUACCCUCAGCGGCUUUCGAUAGCUAUUCGCAUGCACAGCGAUAAAUCCCCGGUUGCAACUGAGCCUAAGUCGACUGAUCCCCAGACAGUUCGGGCAGAGACUCCUUCCAGGCGCGAAGGUAGCACAUGGAGCAAGAUCGUCCAUACUCUAACGAGGAGCGCUUCAAGUAGUGGACGCCGGUCUCGGACAAACUCAAUUGCGACAAGGGAGAGAAGACAGCAUACCGGCUCCAGUAUCAGCCGGGAGAGUCGAACGAGUCUUCCAAGCCCGAAAAUUGAUAAGAACGACAGCAUCAGUUCAGCCACAUACCCACACGGCCAGCCAUCCUCAGCGUCGACUUCGGUACAUUCGUUGAUCCAAACUGCUCCUCCCAGUAGCGGGGUAUCUCCUGUCCUCAUGACUCCCUCCACUGAUCGUCUGGCGAAGUACACACACGAAAAACUUAUGCCUUUCCCCGGGAUCAAGAAGCUGCAAGAGCAAUGGAACCACCGUCAACCCCUCUUUUCGUCUACUCCUGAUAUCAUUCUGUCGCAUCAUGUUGAGGCUGAUAUACCGCUGCCAUCGAGUUCUUCUAGUAAUACCCCUUCCAAUUCUCCUGAGAUAAAUGGGGAUAGAAAGUUAUCACACCAGGCAUCAGAUACCCAUCUGUUGCAUAUCUACAAGGCUCAAGCACCGCCGCUUUCUGCGUCUGCAUCCACAUCCUCUCAUGACCACUACCAGCAUGACAGUCCCCAUUCGCCAUCCUCCAUCAUGCUGAAAUCCCUUCCGACCAACCGAGAUGGGGUCCGGAGAUGGCUUAACGCCAGGAAAUUGUUCCCUCAGCCUUCACAGUCGCCGGUAGGCAACUCGCCUCCGAUGCCUAGUCCCGAGCAGAAACCCGCAGUAGCGUCGAAGAAGCCAUCGCUCUCUGACCUACUCCGAUUGCGGAAGAAGAAUGAUUCGUCCGCCGAGCUCCACGAUGAACGGGUAGAUGCUGAUCGUGCCAACACUGAGUCGAUUGAUCCCCAAGUCAGGGUAGAGACUCCCUCCAGGCGCGAAGGUAGCACAUGGAGCAAUAUCGUCCAUACUCUGCCGAGGAGCGCUUCAAGAGAAGACAGCACACCGACUCCACCCACUCCAGCUCCAGCUCCAGCCGGGAGAGUGGAGCGAGUCAUUCAAGCCUGA